UUUGUUUUCUUUAAAAAAGAAAUAAAAUAAAGAAGAGGAAAAAAAAAACCCAACUUCUUCCUCUAUCCUACUCCUGCCAGACACCAUCAACUAUGAAGAGCUACACUUCAGCAUCCUUAUCACAGUUUUAAAGUUCCUAUCUAGACUAUUUCUUUUCUUUGUGGGGCAGGGAGAGGUUGUCAUAGAAGUCUUCUAUGUCAUUCAUUCUGAACUGUGAGACUGCUGUCAUCGAUACCACUGCAAAAGAAGCUUCCUUAACCUUUAUAGUCAGCAGCAGCACAGAUCAUGGACUUUGAUGUGGUUUCUAAUUACAGCAUGGGCCACUGAGUCACUGAGUCUAUAGUUUCACCAUUCUCCUCUGUGCCUGUAGCUCUGUUCUGCCAUCUUUUCUUCCAAUUUCAUGAAUUCACUUUAAAAAAGCAUCUUCCCAUGGGACCUGCCUUUCUCUGUUUUUUCCCCCCUGGGGACACUGUGGCCUUUGCAGACUCCUCCACCACCAACCACCUCAUAUCCCCUCAGAAACUCCAUGGAUCUCUCAGGCUCCUCAGAGCUGCUCCAUGGCAGCAGGUGCUGACUUUGAUCUCAGCCUUGCUUCAGGUUUUCAUCCACGAUGGUGGUGACAUGGGCCUGGGUCUGGUUCUGCAGCAUUGGCUCCUCCACAUGCUCCAGUAGCUUGUAGAUGGAGAAGAUGAAGUAGUUAUUGGGGUGGACCAACUCGAAGUGCUGGAUCUGGGCCCAGAUUUUUUAGACAGGUUCUUACCAUGUGGCAUUGGCUGUCUUAUAGAACUUGCAGUGUAGACCAGUCUGGCAUCAUAAUCUUCCUGCCUCUGUCACCCAAGUGCUGGGAUUGAACACAUGAGCUACCACACCUGGCUUGCUUGCUCUUUUAUACCAAGUGCACAACAUAAAUAGAUAAUGUGUUCAUUAUCAAGCCCAUCAUUACCACCAUUAAAGAUAUAAACUAUUUGUAUCUAAGGCAUGAGAUUCUAAAAACAACAACAACAACAAAAAACCUAUUCACAAACAUGUACUGGAAUAGAGGCAAAAACAAUUAUGAUGUAAUUGCUGAACUUGUCAUACUUUUAUUUUUUCCUUGUAUUAAAAUACUGAUUUCAUUGAAAUCGGUAGAAGCCUUUGCCUGAUGUUCAUCUGGAUUCCUCUAUGCUGUUUUGAUUAGACCAACCAAACCUCCCAUAGUCUCACCUGACUGGACGGAAUCCAAUAAAAAUGAAGCAAUCUGCUUCCUAGACCUCUGGCUGAGGUCCUGUAGCAUUCAUCUUGUUCUUACUCAGUCAGUGGACCAGACCAUUAUUCAGGAUGUCCACAUAGAUCUGGCAAAGGAUAUUGGAAGAACAUCCGCAUAGUGGUCAAAGGUUUGAUGUGUUUGUGAACCCCAGGUUGGUCUUGUCACAUGAGGGUCUUGCUUCUUGGGAACCUGAAUUCCAGGGCUGCCUGGACCACCAAGGUGUCUUUGGCAUUCAUCCCAGAGUGCAUAAGCCCAUGUGCUCAGGUCCUUUCACAGGGAAAUGCACACUCUGAGUGCUAUCACACAGCAGGAAAUAAGCUGAUAGAAACCAGUUCUACCUUUCUCCAUAUUGCCCUGUCCUUCAGGACAUCAUAGUUUCUUAAAAAUAAUUGUGAUUUGCGGGCCACGUCUUCCUAAUCCUUUUCUGCUUUGGGUACCUUUGUACUGAAAUGUAACCAGAGGCCACUGUCCUGGAUGGUAGUUCUUUCAAGUAAGUCCCCUGGAUCAAGAGCCCAGUGAUGUUAUCCAGAGUGACAUCACAUAUGUGACUAACCUACUGACUGCUUCUUGACACCCAAUUAUGGGAAAGGGGUACAUGCCUCUUAGCCCAUGCCAUGCCAUCCCCAACACAGGGUCCAGCUUUAGGAACAUGAUUACAGGGAUGCAGUGAAGAUCUGUCUCUGAUCUCAGCCAGCACUAAUGUCUUUCAGUCACACUUAUCAGUGUCAUUAAGGGUUGCCCCUCUGGUGAGGGAUUAGGGAUACAUUGUGUACAAGGGUAUUCUGGAUUCAGGAGGAACAGUUUGGCUCAGGAGAGACGUCUUUCAGGGUUUCAACAACUACGGGCAUGCUAGACACAGACUGGACCUGCUUGCUGAGGCCAACUUGCAGCACCAUGCACUACCUGUGCCACAGAGAGCUUCAUGAAGCCUCGGGCUUUCUGUGUGUCAAGAAAGCAGUGACACUCGAGGAUGGAGAAGAAUCUACACUGAAAGGUUUCAUCAGUACAAGCCACCUAGAGGAAGAGCCUAGUUAGGAAGGAAUUCUGCCUGUGUGUGGGGGGAGGGCGGGAGCAGACACACCCACCAAGAGCCAGGCAGUAUCUCAGCAGGAGCCACGCCUAGCAACAACUUGCUUGCAGGGAGCAGGAGCUAUUGGUGUCCAUACCCCCCCCCCAUCUACCAAAAGAUAGGAAGUAGCUCAGCAGGAGCCAACCCUAAGGAGAACUUGCUUGCAGGGAUCAGGAGCUAUUGGCGUGUUCCCCCCCCAUCUCUCCCCCACCUUCCCCUGCCUCCCACACAUCUACCAAAAGACAGGAAGUAGCUCAGCAGGAGCCAACCCUAGCCCUAGUGAGAACUUGCUUGUAGGGAGCAGGAGCUAUUGGUGUGUUCCCCCAUCUCCUCCCACACACAUCUACCAAAAGACAGGAAGUAGUUCAGCAGGAGCCAACCCUCGCGAGAACUUGCUUAUAGCCGAGUUGUUGUUGUCCCGCCCCCAGACACACCCACCGAGAGCCAGGCAGUAGCUCAUCUCGCGAUAACUCGAUUGUGCAAGCACAGUGGGCCUCACGUGGUGUGCUCAGUGGGGCUCAUAACCGUCACCUCAUCUCGGUAGCUGAGCCUGAGUGGUGCCGUCGAUUGAGCCAGGGGAGCUGAGUGGAAAGUCAGAAUCGCCAUGCAGGAUCCUGGCGAGGACACAGGUGGUAGGACAGGGGUUGAAGAAGACGAGGAUGGGCAGCAGAGACCUCGAGCUUCCGAUAUCCAGGCUAGCUCUCAGAGUUCGGCGGCAGAGGGUGACCAAGACGAGGUCCCUCGUGAGAGUGGCCCACAAGAUGCCAGUAGCCAGUCUGUUCCAGGCAGGUCCCGCCCAGGGAGCCCUUUAGGGUUAGGUGUGGCAGCCGAAGAGGCAGCUGUCGUUCCCCAAGACGAGCUGCCACCACUUCUCCCUGGACCCAGUGGAGAUGUUGCAACAACUGCAAGUCGACUCCUGGAGUUCUCUGUAAGAGUGCCUUUCAGGUCUGCUGUAGAGGCAGACAUGGCCCGCAGGUCCCUGGUUGCCAAUGCCCAGCGCCAGCUACUAAUGGUUCCACAGGAGUACACCGUGAAUGACAGUACUUUGGUUGUUAGGUGGACAACUGACGACACCAGUCUCUUCCAGAUUUCCAUCAAUAGCUUCCUUGACCAGCUCUCCCUGGUGAUGAGAAAUAUUCGGCACUUCCAGUUUGUGGCUGUUGUCAAACGAGGAAGAGGAAGGAUUCAUCACACCUAAACUUUCUCCCCCUAAAAGACAGGACAAAGGCAUUUUGUGUUUUUGGUAAUUGUUACCUUGCCUUCAAAUUUCAAUGUUUUGAUGUGAUUUCCCCUUUAUCAGUCCCAUGCUUGGCUUGUUUCCCUUUUGCUUAAGGAAAGGGUGCUUAAAUGUUUGUUGCUGAACAAAAUAAAACUAACGUAUUGUGGUUUAGA